CAAUGGGCUACUUUUGCCAGAGCCUGGUACCUCCUCGAUGCGAAGAUGCAGCCACCAGGAAAAAUAGCAGCUGCGACUGUAAUCAGACUUGAAGGCAGGCAUAAACCUAUUUAUCAUGCACUAAAUGACUGCGGAGAUCAUGUUGUCAUAAUAAAUACAAGACAUAUUGCCUUCUCUGGUAACAAAUGGGAACAGAAAGUAUAUUCUUCACAUACUGGCUAUCCUGGUGGUUUCAAACAAGUGACUGCAACUCAGCUCCAUUUGAAGGAUCCAACUGCUAUUGUUAAACUGACUGUUUAUAGAAUGCUUCCAAAAAACCUUCAGAGAAGAACUAUGAUGCAGAGGCUGCACCUGUUCCCGGAAGAUGUUAUUCCGGAAGACAUACAGAAGAAUCUUCUACAAGAGAUUCCUCAGCCACGUGAAGUUCCCAAGAGGUUAGAUGAAUAUACACCAGAAGAAAUUGCUGCCUUUCCACAGGUUUGGACUCCGUAA